GUACUGGGUUUACCCGUGUUAUCAAAAUUGACAUAGCGACAGGAGCUUUAACAUGUUUAAGUAGGCCUAAUGGGGGCGUUGGCUGGCGGCGAUACUAAAUGGAGAAGUUGAACUAUAAAGAACUUUUAGUUUGUCUGGAACACUACGUUACAGAUAGUAUUGAACCACUUGGAAACCCGUGUAAAGAGGUGAUUUAAGCCUAGUCUCUCAUAAAGAUGGAAGGAGACGUCGACUCAGAUUCCGAUGAUGAAAUCGAAUACUCGGGGAUGAUACAGCCCCCACUUAUCAAACAAUUACGGACUAUUCUGAGUGAAUAUCCAGAUGAUGGACAAAUUCUUAAGGAAAUCAUUCAAAACGCUGAGGAUGCUGGGGCCUCAGAAAUGAAGAUAUUGUACGAUGGCAGACGAACUGUACAACAAGAGUCAACCAAAAAAGCACCAUUCAGAAAAUACUUCAGGGGGCCAGCGCUGUUAGUCUAUAACAAUGCUGUGUUUAGUGAAGAGGAUUGGCAAGGAAUUAAGAUGCUGUACAGCAGCAUAAAGGAAUUUGACAGAACGAAAGUUGGCAGAUUUGGUCUAGGAUUCAAGUCAGUUUUUCACAUAACAGAUCACCCCCUCAUCAUCAGCGGGAAGCAGCUUCUAGUGAUAGACCCCCAUCAAGAUUCGUCAAAGGUUUGUCAGACAAUGCAGCUAAGGAAACUUCACAAGUACAAGAAAAUGAAAGUGGAGGACUGCUUAGAAACAUUCCAAGGAGUUUUUGGUUUCGACCAAUCUACACUUGAUAACGGUCAUUUCAAAGGAACAAUAUUUCGGUUUCCUUUACGUGAAAAUGAGACUGAACUAUCAGACAACACAUAUGAUGAAUCAAAAGUUAAUGACCUGUUUAUGUCCUUUAAGGACGAAGCUCCGGUUUCAUUGCUUUUUCUCAAAUGCUUGGAAAGUAUCGAAUUACUGCGGGAAGAAAAAGAAAACUCAUUACAAACUUCAGACGUUGGAAAGUUUCACUUUUCUGUGAAAAUAGAUGAAUCAACAGUAGAAACAGUACGGUCUGCAAGAACAGACAUGAGAUCAAAGAUGCAGGGCUUAGAGGAUACAUUGCCUUCUAUGUCUAUUGUAAACAAAUAUGACAUGUCGGUCUGUGUCACCGAUGAUACACAUGUCACCACAGCAAAAACAUGGAAAGUAAUGAAUUUGUUCAAAGGAGAAAACAACAUGACAUCACACUUGAAAAAACUUUCUUGUGACUCAUCACUCUCUUAUAGUCCGUUAGUAGGUGUUGCCUUGGAUAUGGACUGUCCUUUAGAUUUACAAGGUCAUGUUUUCUGCUUUCUGCCACUCCCGCUGACAGAGAAAAGUCUAAGUGGGUUGCCAAUUCACAUUAAUGGCUGUUUUGCUCUCAGUCAAAAUAGAAGAGUUGUAAAAUGGCCAACAGCUGAUCAGAUUCGUCACCAUGCACACACGGAUAAGUCCAUCCAGUGGAACCAAGCACUUGUAGAGGAAGUUUUGUCAGAACUUUAUUCCAAAUUCAUACUCGAGUUAGUAGAAGAGAGUCAAAGGCAAGGGAGCCGAAAAGAGUAUGCCCGGAUUGUGUCGAGAUGCAUUCCAAAUACGGAAAAUGUUGAUGAACACUGGCAAAUUUUGAUAUCUCCCAUGAUAGAUAAAAUGAGAGACAUGCCAGUAUAUUUCACCCCUCAUGAGGGAGGGAAGUGGAUCCUCAAGAACCAAGCAGUAUUUCUGAGAACAAAUACGAUAAUGCUAAGAGAUGAGGGGAUAGAAUCGACCAUUCGGAGAGUUCUUGAUUUGUAUCAUCAAAAUACCGUGGAAGUGGAAGAUUAUGUGUGGAACACGAUGAAGCUGCAGGGAGACCAAGAAGUCAAUCCCGGCUUCAUAAACAUGAUCAUGAGAAAGUCUAGGGAAUACACCAGUUGCAGUGAUCAUGACAAGAUCAAUCUAAUUCGAUACCUUCUGAGUUCCGGCAACUUAAACAAUCUGGAAGGCCUCGACCUUGUACCAUUGCAAAAUGGAAGCUACACCAAAUUCAGUCGGGAGAAGACCAGCAGUAUUAUAUACAUGGCAUCCCCAGAAGCAAUGGCUGUAUUGGUUGGUAUGGAAGAUGUAUUGUUGCAAGCUUUACCGUCAGACGUUCGAGAGAUGUUUUCUGACAUCAUCAAUAAAGGCAUUUACCAGAUCCGACACCUACAUGAGACCAAUUUCAUUGAACUCCUGAAACGAACAAUUCAUACAAAUAUUGGAGACGGUCCGUGUCCCGUCACAUGGACUAUUUCUAAUUCGAAUCUUGAUUACAAAUGGCUUGAAAGGGUAUGGGGAUUGAUAGUGGACAAGCUUCCAAACAAAUUAAACAUCGUGUCACAUCUCCCGCUGAUCCCAGAAAGGAGAGGCAGCGAUACAUAUCACCUGCACAUAUUGGAUGGCACUUUGAUGUUAGGUAAACUGUCAAAAAACAUUUCUAUUUGUUUGAAAUUGCUUUCUAUCAACGUUUUGGGAACAUUGCCGGAAUUUGUCCUACAUCAUUCUCAGUUACACAAAUUCAUACCGGAUACGUCCCCGGUCAAUAUAAUAAAUGUCAUCAAUAGGGUUGGACAAAUGCAUGGUUGGAAAGAAUGGGUUGCGCAUUUCAAUCGAAGUGCCUCAGUGGAUCUGAAAACAGAAUUCCUGCAAUUUCUCAGCAGAAACCGCCAACAACUGAGAGUAUUUUCAAUACAGGUAUUGAAGAAUUUAGCAAUUUUCAGAACUCAGACUGGAUGUGUUAGCAUUACACAAAAUCAAAGAAUUCUGUCACAAAAUCUUCCUGUGCCGUAUCCGUCAAGUGUUAUUCUGACUACCGAGACAGAUGUCAUUUAUUUCGCAAAGCAACUUGGAGGUUAUGUGUUGGGCGAAACCGAUAUAUUCAAAGAAAUAUUACAAAGUACUUUGGAUCAGACGUUUUAUAACGAAAACGAUAUGCAGACAGUGAUGGAUUUUAUCAUAGAAAACAAAAUUUACAACAGAAAUAACGAACUUCUUCAGCUUGUGAGAAGAGUUCCAUUUGUCCCAACCGACACAAAUAUGUACAAAACACCAUCCGAAUUGUUUGAUCCACAUGAUGAAAUUGUUUGUAAAAUUGUUUUGAACCGAUCCAUGUUUCCAUCAAAGAACGUUCAAAAGAAAAGAAUAAAAGUACUUACAAAGCUGGGACUAAAAUCAAAUGAAAUGUUAACAGCGACAGAAAUAUACCAUGCCGCCAUUGAUAUACACCAGAGCAGCAUUGAAGACCAUGUGACUACUGCAGAUAGAGAAAGACAAGCAGCAGUUAUGAAAGUUUUGAGUAACAGAAGGACUUUAUUUGAUGAAUAUGUGCCAAACAAAUGGCUGAAGCUUAGGUCAGUCUUGAUGGAAUUGGAAAUAAUAUAUCCACUUCAGAACCCAAUCUCACCUAUUCCUAAUCUGUCCUGGUUCAAAUCGGAACAUUUCUAUUGCAAACCAUCAGAUGUUUACCACAGCAAAUACGAAGGACUUGUCGGUUACGUUGCACCGGUCAUUCCAUCGGAUGUAUCUUCCAAACUAGUCGAAGAAUUCGGUUGGAAUAGGAUACCGAAUUUAGAACUUGUAUUGCAACAGCAUUCCAAAUUUCUAGAGAAGUAUGCAGAAGAAUACAAGUCUGAAUUUCUUCUUCCAAUCAAGCGACUUUAUGAAUACUUAGCUAAGCUCAGUGUCUCAGACGGAAACAUUGACAUUCAUUUGGAGCAAAUGUGGAUGGGUGACGGGUUUGUGGAACCCAGUCAAAUAUGCAUCCAUACAAGUCCAGAGGAUAUUGAACUUCGACCAUACCUUGUACCUCUUCCAAAGGAUUUUCAAACAUAUGAAAUGAAACAUUUAGCCGAUCAACUUGGUUGUAAACACAAACAAACAAGGGAGACUCUUGUUGCUAUUUUAGACUCCCUGAAAGAGAAACAUGAAAAAGGUCCUCUCAGGACGGAUUAUAUUCUGCGGGAUAUUGAUAUUACAAUAAGGAUCCUAAAUAAAUUGAAAUCCUUACCAGAAAUCAGCACUUUGAAUAUAUCAAUUCCCAUUCACUCAGCCGAUAAAACAAGAUUAGAAUUUCGGCGAGCAAAAGAAUGUAACUACUGCAAUGCAGAAUGGUUAAAAGACUUAGCAGAGGAGGAAGGGGAGCCGAUGUGUUUUGUUCAUGAAGAUGUUACAUCAGACACUGCUGCGAAGUUGGGCGUACCAUCUCUAACGGAGAAUUUGCUUUCAGAGACUGAAGGUAUCCAAGAAUGGGGCCAAACUGAACCACUAACAAGGCGUAUAAAAAAUUUGUUAAAAGAUUACAAAGAUGGUUUUGCUGUUCCAAAGGAAAUAGUACAAAACGCCGAUGAUGCAAAAGCCACAAAAGUUUGCUUCCUUUACGAUGAAAGAAACAACAUGGAUUGCAGAACAAAACUUAUUGAUGAACAUAUGGAAUCUUGCCAAGGUCCAGCGCUGUGGGCAUACAAUGAUGCUUUAUUUUCGCAUACGGACCUGGAAAAUAUAGCAAAAUUAAGUGGGGCAACAAAGGCAGAAGAUUUAUCUAAAGUUGGGAAGUUUGGACUAGGGUUUUGCUCAGUGUAUAACUUGACAGAUGUUCCAAGCUUCAUCACCGGAUCAAACAUGGUGAUCUUUGACCCCCAUGCUACACAUCUCGGAAAAGCCGUGAAGAAAAGCAAUCCAGGCAUCAAAAUAGAUUUAACGGCAGCAAAAAAUAAGAUGUUGCUUCGUAGGAUGAAGAACCAAUUCAAACCAUUCAAUGAUAUAUUUGAUUGUAAUCUGGAAGUAGAAAAUCCAUCAUUUCAAGGAACACUUUUUAGAUUUCCGUUGAGAACGAAGGAACAGGCCUUUCGUAGUGAAAUUAGCGACAAACAUUACGACGAUUUAGAAAUGAAGAGUAUGAUCCACUUAUUUGUAAAGAAUGCCGGAAAUCUUCUCUUGUUCACUCAACAUGUAAAAGAAAUUGAAUUCUAUCACUUGAAGAAAAACAGUAAUGCCACUGAGAAAGUCCUUUUGUAUCGUCUUGUUCGUAAUGAAGAUUCAAAUAUUAAAUCGUGCAAGACAGAUGUAUUAUCAACUUUUGGAUCAAGUGUUAUGAAAUUCAGAAAUGGCCUGGAAGGGGAAAUUCAGCAAGUUUUGCACACGUCUUUAGUGACAAUUUCAAGGGAAAUUACUUCUGCUUGUCAUGCGUUUUGCAAAUCAAAGGAAGGAAACUUCCAGACAAAAUGGUUGAUUUCAUGGGCUUCAGGGACGAGAGAAAGUUUAGAAAUGUCCAAAUCGUCCAACAUUGUUGGUGCACUACCUUUAGCAGGCACUGCACUAUACUUACAAGAAGAAUCCGGCACUUUAGAGUGUAAAUCUCUAAAGUCAGUUCCUGAAGGAUUUUACAAAGAGAGUCACAUAUUUUGUUACUUGCCGUUACCAGUAAGUACUGAGUUGCCAGUUCACAUCAAUGGGUCAUUUGCUGUUUCAUCAAACAGGCGACAACUUUCUUCAAAAACAACGGACGAUAAAAACUACUUUGAAAAUCGAUGGAAUGAAGCCUUGUUAGCUGACGCUGUGACCAAUGCGUAUAUUUACAUGAUUGAAAGUUUAGACAGUCUGAACAUCAAAUGUACAAAUUAUCUUCAGCUAUGGCCCAUUAUAUCGGCGAAAAAAAAGGUUUCAUCGGUUGAUGCACUUUACAACGCAUUUUACAGGAACAUCGUAAAUGAGGACAGAAAAGUGUUAUGCAGAGAACAGAAGUGGGUGUCUAUCAGCAAGUCCAUAUUUCUGGAUGUGAAAUUUUUGAUAUCGAAUAUUGAAAGAAUCGUGGAAGAUGCAACGAUCAAAUAUAUGGAGAAAAAUGGUGUUACAUUGAUAAGACUUGAAAAACUCGCACUUGAAAGUUUUGAAAAUGUGUAUGGAAGUCUUCCCGAAGAAAUACAAAUGAGAAUAGUGUCUGUUGAGGCUUUCUAUAAAAAUAUAUUUCUCCAAAACAUCAAUGACCCAUUUUGGUGUGACAGCAUUUCAAGCAUAGUUUUGUAUGCCUUAGAUAAUCCUGACAAGAGCAUUCUUUCCCUGAUGCAAGAAACUCAGUGCAUCCCCACGAGACCUAAUGCCGCUUUAAAGAAGCCUUCUGAAUUGGUCAAGAGUACUGGAAGUUUAGCAAAAUUAUUUUGCAAUGAUGAUGAAAGAUUUCCUGGAGCCGAAUUUGAAACCUCUGCCAGACUAGAAGUUUUAAAAUCUAUGGGUAUGAUGGUAUCUAAAGUCAGAGAAGACGUUUUACUGGAACGCAUUUAUUCAGUUGAAAAGAUUGCUAAUAAAUGUGCAAUAUGCAGUAUCCAAAGGUGUAUAUCAAUUCUUAAAUACGCAAUCGACAACAAAAACCAAGGCGGGAACUGUCAGAACGAAGGUAAGGAUAUCGCCUUUCUUCCUGUUUUGUCCAAACCGCCUGACUGGAUGCUUCCUUGGUACUUAGAAGAUCGAGAGUCUAUCAUUUUUAACAAAAAGUGCGAGAAACAUGCAACUGAAAGCAUAUCAUUUGCGUUGGCUAAACCAUCCGAACUCUACCAUGAUCGUUGUAAAAACAUUGUGGGUUGUCAAAAAUUAUUAUUGGAUAAUUCUCUGCUGCGGUUAGCAUUUCAUGAACAGCACAUAUUGACGUCAUUUGGUGUUUGUUCAAAGGCAAAUAUAGAGACAGAAACUGUAGUGUGUCAGCUCAUUCAGAUAUCAAAUGGUGUUAACCCGUCAUCACUUUCAGAAGAUGGAAAGCAAUCGCUGAAAAAAGUUUGUUCAGAUAUUUACGAAUUCCUCAAUAAUGCUUGUCAGGCCGAAGACAUUCAAAAUAUAAACAUGUUGCAAGAACAACCUUGUUUAUUAAUUGAGGAUGUUUUUGUCAGACCGAACAAAGUUGCUCUUUCCAUACCAAUAAAUUGUUCUCCAGCGUUAUAUGGAUUAGACCGAAUUCCUUGGAAAAGUAAAAGUUCCUUCCUUCGAUGUAUUGGAGUGAAGACAGAAUUCGAAAUUAAGGAUGCAUUGUUUGCCUUACAAGAUAUGUCAGACAAAAUACCGGGUAAACUUGAUCAAAUAUCUUUAGAACUCGCAUGCAACCUCGUCGAACUUCUUGCCAAAAAACUAAAAGUAAAAUCACAAGGCGAAGUUCCGGCACAGUUGAGAAUUCCAAAUGAAGACGGGUUUUUCUCACCGAUUCAUGAAUUGUGCUUAAAUGAUAGUACAUUGAUGAAAAAAGGACAACGUUUAAAAUAUCCAAAUCCUAAUAUCAAGGAAGCUGACGCAAGAAUUCUUGGUGUGCAAUCGAAAGUCAGAGGGUCAUUACAAGAUUAUGUUAGAAAACUUCAGCCGUUCGGUCAAAAGGAAGAACUAACAAAUAGGAUCACAAGAAUUCUCGAACAAUAUCCUCAAAGUGAAGGUAUCCUAAAAGAAAUGCUUCAAAAUGCUGACGAUGCAAGAGCAACAGAUGUAAUGUUCAUCGCCGAUUUGAAUGAGUACGGAACAGAGCAGACGUUUGACGAGUCGUGGCAUCCAUUGCAAGGACCAGCAUUGCUAGUAUACAACAAUAGUUAUUUCACAGAAAAUGAUAUUGCAGGGAUCCAGCAUUUAGGAAGGGGGUCAAAAUCGGAAGAUCCUACAAAAACAGGUCAAUAUGGGGUUGGGUUCAAUGCUGUUUAUCAUAUCACAGAUGUUCCAUCAUUCAUAUCCAAAUCUCCGAACGAAGAGGAUACGUUCUGUGUAAUGGAUCCGCAUUGUAGAUAUGCCCCAGGUGCAUCAGAAUAUUCCCCUGGUGCCAGAUUUAGUGAUCUAAAUGAUUUACGUGCGCCGUUUGCAGACGUGUUCAAAUGUUAUCAUGAAGAUAAGCUUCUUGACACCUCGGGCACAGUUUUCCGAUUGCCACUUCGCACCGAAGUAUUUGCCAAUGCCUCGAAUCUUUCCCAAAAAGUUGUAACCAAGGAGGCAAUAGAAAACAUGUUAGAUCUGUUUAAAACGGAAAUGGCUGAGUGCUUGUUAUUCUUAAAAAAUGUAAGAAAAAUAUCAAUUGCAUAUAUAAAGGAUGACAAACUUGAAGUGCGUUAUACAUCCCAAUUAACAAUGUCGGAAGAAGACAAAAAAAGAAAAGCAGAAUUUGACAAAUAUGUGAACGAGAAAGCAAGUUCUUUUAGGGAAAAUAGAGAACUUUAUAUUUCGAAUGAGAAAGAAGUUGCUUAUGAAGUUACACUAAAAGAUACAUCAGAUAAGGAAAAGAAAUGGUUGUUAUGUCAACGCUUUGGUUUCAGUGUAGGGACAGAUAUUCCAAAAUCAGUACAGGAGGCAUUUGAAGAUAAAACUUUAGGACUUUUACCUCAAGGAGGCAUUGCAAUGCCUAUUGGACACAGUGCAUUGUCUGUUGCAAAGGCAUUUUGCUUUCUACCUAUGCCAUGCACAACUGGCUUAACCAUACACGUCAAUGGUCAUUUUUCUUUGGACAAUGAUUCUAGAAGAGGCUUAUGGAAGGAUGAUAAAAUGGAAUAUAGGUCACAGUGGAAUUAUCUUAUCUUAACCGAUAUUAUUGCCCCGCUUUAUGCAAAAGCGAUUGAAAUGCAACUGACUGCAAUGAAAUUGGUUCCAGCUGGAAAAUAUCAUGACUGGCAGCUUAGAAUAAAAUUAAAAGAUUUUCAUAGUUUUUUCCCAAAUUUGGAGAAGGUAGAGGACCGCUAUUGGAAACAUUUAACCAUGGAAGUUUACAAGAGUAUUUCAAAACUUCAGUUAAAAGUAUUCCUUAGUGGUCAUUGCGUUGAUAAAGAUCAGUAUGAAUUACAAUGUUAUCCGCUGUCAGAAAACAAUAGCAAUAAGUCUCCAGUUAUUUUCAAUAUUGAGUAUGCUGAGGAUAUGAACAUUACUGCAAUAUCGAAGGACUUAGGUAUGUGUCUGGUAGACACUCCUGAAUGGAUCUGGAAAUGCCUCGAUCAAUCUAAUUUGCAAACUUGCCAGCUGUCUCCGAGUUCUAUGAUUGGAUUUUUAAAAUCCAUUUAUUGUGCACUUAAUUGUAUCGUCCAAAAUGAGGUAAAAUUGGAUUCCACUUCGCUAAAAAAGCUGGACAAUCUAUUGACCUGUAUACAGUUUUGCAAAAAGUGCAAGGAUUUUGAAACAGAGAUUGAUGGACUUCCGCUUUGCUUACUGGAAAAUGGUGUUUUAAUUCAAUUCAGUCAAAGUUCACCAGUAAUUCUAACACCAUAUUAUGAAUUAUUACCCAGUUCUUUCAACAAAAUGUUGCAUCAUGGACUGCACACAAAUUUUGCAGACGACAACAGCAGUUGUAUCAUUUCUCUUUCUAUUGACUUUUUUGCCGAAAAUUUGCUACUUGAUUUGAAUUAUGAUACGUACAGACACAAAAGUGUUCAGUGGAAUCCGAAAACUGCUGGCAUUCCAAAUAAGAAAUGGAUUGAAAAUGUAUGGAGCUUUUUACAUCAUAUUCUCCGAGAUGUUAAAGAUCGUCAAGAAAUGUUGAAAAUGAUACACCCGAUACUGCUUUGGUCUCUCAUUCCAGUAAAACAAACUUGCGGCGCGAAGCGUCUUGGUAAAUAUGAGGACACUGCACAAAAACUUUUUCCCGUUGAGAAUUCAUUGCAUAUCAUUGACUUAGAAUCAUUUCAACCAGAUUUGAAAGCUGUGCUACAAAAAUUGAAUCUACCAUUAUUGGAAAGUCACUGUUUGCCAGGUCAACAUCCAUUAAGACAACUUAUAGCUUCACGAAAUCGUUUGAGCGAUGUUUUGGAAUGUUUAUAUCUUCAUAAGCAAGCUAUUUCUGAGAACGAUGCGUUGCUGACUGAUGACUGUGAUAAAAUAUUGGAGUUCUUUGCUGGUGAUCUUGACACUUUAUCAUCAUCGACAGGAAGACAAAGAUGCAUAGAUAUGCUACGAGCUCUACCAAUAUAUGCAACAGUCUAUGAAGUGAGAAUAAAUCUGUUAGAAAACAGAAAUAUCUUGGUUCUACCUAGGGAUAUACCUCCUAAUGGUAUGAAUGCAUGGGCUGACAAAUCUCAAAUUGUCCUUUUGCGCCAUAAUGACAGACUCGGGGGAAUUUAUGAGCUCUUUAAAGUAACCGAACAGUCACUUUAUGAGCUAUAUGGAAUCCAUAUUUUCCCAACUUUUCACAACAUUCCGAAAGACGACAGAAUCAUUCAUCUUACUUUUAUCAAAGACGAACUUUUAAAAACGUCCGGAGAAUACACGAACGAACAAAAACAACUUAUAAGAGGUUUGAAGUUAUUGACGUUCGUUCCUACUUGGAAUGGAAAAACAGAGACAGCUUCUGGAUUCUUUGAUCCACAGAAUGAUAUCAUGAAAGAAAUGUUACACUGCGAAAAGUUUCCACCAGAGCCAUUUUCUUCCAAACAUUGGAAUACAUUCAUGAAAUUGGCUGGAAUGGUUUCGGUGAUAGAUCCUACGCUGUUCAUAGAAUUUGCAAAAAAACUGGAGGAAGCUGGAAGAAAUGGUCUUUCAUCGGAAAUAGAAAAAAAAUCUAAAGUUCUUGUUGAACACCUGUUGCAGAGUAAAAAUCUUCAUGACGAUGCAUGCUUGCGGACUAUUGGAAAAAUAAAAUUUGUGUAUCCGUAUGCUGUACAUGACUUUUAUUGCAAUAUUGCUUCACCCCCAAAGGAUAACGAGAAUGCACUGGUUGCGUAUGACCGAUCUGUAAGUUGGACAUUCGAAGCUGUGGUAUGGACGAAACAUUCCAUUGUUGCAGAUUGGGCAACACCCAUAACAAUGCUUAUCGAAAACAAACAUGAAUUACUUUUUCAUCUAGGUCUUCAAGAACCUAGCAUUGAAACAGUAAUAGAGCACAUCAAAACAGUUUGUCUGACACUCUCCAAAGUCUCGGAACCGGAUCUGCAUAGUCUGGGAAUCGAAAAUUUGUCAGCAUUAAUGGUCAAGUUCUAUGGAUUUUUAGAUGACAAAUUAGAAUCACCACAGUUGGAAAAACUUAGAUUUAUUCCAUUUGUAUUUGUGGCUAGAAUACCGAAACUUUUCCAGUGCGACAGAUUCACACUCUCCUUAAGCAAGGCUCAUAAAUUAGCACCGUAUGCAAUGCCUCUACCAGAGAAAUAUUAUGGGCAUUUUGCUUUAUUUGAAACACUGGGAUCAUCUCAAGAGGUAUCUUACAAGACGUAUGCAGAUGUUUUAGAACGGAUAUUCAUCGAAGCAAAUGAUGAUUUACAUGCAAAUGAAAUUCAAGCAGCACAGACAGCCAUGGGAAUGUUUUUUUCAUUGAUACCGUCUGAUGCUGAUACAAAACCUGUUGACAUAAACAUCAAAAAAUUGUAUUUCCUCUCAUGCAACAACAAACUUGAAGAAUCGCGCAAACUUAUAUACCCUGAUUCCGAAAAUCUUGAAGAUGUAAUCACAAAAUCUGACAAGCAAUUUAAUGUUUUGGCUUCUCUUAGUGAUAUGGAUAGAAAAUCAGUGAGUAAAAAACUACAAAAGCUACCAAAGGAUUUUCGACCAUUGCUUUUGUCGGAAGCUAUUCUCACAGACUGCAAUUUACAAGAAUUACGCGAAGUGGACAUCGAUCUUUCCUCUGCCGCAACUAUAUUUCUUACAAGUCCUGCAUUCAUCCAUGGAAUUCUAAGAAUUGUUUGCAAAGAAAGAGCGAUUGCUAAAGAAGAAAUCCCAAAUGAAGAAGUCAUUAAGAUACAUCAGAGACUUGCGAGUAUCAGUAUCAAGAUUGUGGAAAAUCUUGAAACUGUGUACAUAUACGAGGGUAAAGUCAUUUACCGUGAAUCAAGGUUUUCAUAUGACAAAUUCAAUGUAAACAAUGAAUAUUUACAAUGCGCCAUUUAUUUUAGAAAAGAUAUGGAAACUACCGAUGUUUCAGAUUGGAUCCAAUUUCGUGCUUACACGAUUGCCGGCAUAAUUCAGAGGUUUAUAGAUUGUCAGUUGCCUAACACAUCAACACUAAUUCCAAUGAUGUGUAAAUAUAUUCAUAAUCCAAAUGAAAUUGAAAUGUUACUCAAUGAGAAUAAUAUACCUCGUCUGGAUACAAAAUUCACAGCAACAAGCAACACAUUACCGACACCAGGAGCACUAGUGGAAGAAAAGUGGUAUAACAUUCUAGACAACAGAUGUCUUACAUUUGACCAAGAUGACUACGUAGCAGUGUUAAUCGGAGUCGACUGUAGAGGGAACAGGGAAUUCAUAUAUGCGGUCAUAAAAGACACGAUACAAUUCUCCAAUGGCGCAGACCAUGCCUCAGACAUGUACAGAGAAUACUUAGUGCAAGUUGCUCCGAACAAAAUGCAAAAAAUAAAAGCUUUUGACCUUUAUCGAUUUAAUAGAUCAUUACAGUCAGAAGCAAGCAACCACACUAUCUCUCGACCGCCAGUAGACAACAGAUCACUAGAUGAUAUUUUCAAAGAAAUUGAAAGAACUCUGAGAAGAGCAUGGAGUGAAAGCUUUCCAGAGGAGCAGAGGAAGAAUAUUUGUAGACGAUUGAUGUUUCAGUGGCAUCCAGAUAAAAAUCCAGAUGAUGUAAAAAGAUCAACAGAAGUGUUUCAAUUCAUAAGUAAUACUAUACAAGCUUUGAAGGACGAAGAAGAAAGUUGUCGUUUAAAAGAAAGUAUUCCAAGACCACGUCCGAAUGAUGACGACAUCUUUGAUGACAUUAGGAGAGUCAUAAAUAGAGAUAAUAACAUUCAUAAAAAACCCUUGAACAAGGAUUCAAGACCUUCUGAAGCAAAUCGAUGGUUAGAACAAGCAAAACAUGACAUGAUAUUCGCUGUCCAAGCUAGGGUCUGUGAUGGUCACUUCAACUGGAUUUGUUACGUAUGUCACCAGGCAGCAGAAAAGGCAUUAAAAGGAUGGCAAUAUUAUGAUGAUGCAGGAAAAGUUUUAACUUCGGAAAACCUCUACGAUUUAGUUCGCUGUUGUCCAGAGGAUCUGAAACGACCGGCAAUGGAGCUCCAGGACGUUACCAGUAGCACUCGGAGGAUGCGAUACCCCGAAAACAGACACAAACCAUGCAAUGCCUACACAAGAGAGAAUGCGGAGAAGGCAAUAGAGUUGGCCUCUGCGAUCGUUGACAGGGUUGACGAACUUAUUUAACAAAAACACUUUGGAAAAGGAAUGUGGUCAAUUCAGUGCUGCUUGUAGAGAUGGAUUUUAUAUAUAAUGUUAUAUCAUAAAAUCAUGUGGAACGUAUUACACUUUAAACUUCAAUGAACGAAACUCCUAUCUUGUUUAAGAAAAGUGUAUUUGUUUCUUUCAUCUCAAUGUUAUUAUGUUUUAUAAUGUGUAAUGAUUGGAUUAUGUAUCAUGCCAGCUUUAUUUUUGUAGUACCCAUCUACUGUAUAUAGUGUAACUUGUAUUCCCAAUUGUUGUCUGUCUUUUCUUUUGUUGCUGAUAAAAAUUAUCUUUAGUUAUAUCUUUCUUUUUAUGUUUUACAGUUAUAGGUGCAGUGGCAAUUGUUGUCAUCCUUUAUCUGACCAAGAAAAUGAUUGAAUUACUGUAUCGCGAAUUGAUGCAUUAAUAUUGUGUACAAAUUACACGAUACGCUUUGAAUUCAUAUUAAUCUAUAACGUUAUGAAAUAAUAUAUGUCGAGCAAUUCUGUUGUUAUUUUUCUGAAUCGUAUUUCAUUUUUUUACUUGAUGAUUAUCAUUGAAGUGUACAUAUAAUUCGUAGUCAUCAGAUACCAUCUAUUUGUCACAUUCAUAUUUUUGAAAAUGUUUUAGAGUGUACUACAAGGGAUGUAGAUGUUUCAUGCAUGGGUUAUUAUAAUAAUUGAUAACCAUCUGUUAUAAAGGUAUUUGAAGAAGUGUAAGUUUUGUUCUGUACGUUGUGCUUUAUUAUACAUGCGCUUUCAGUACAUACAGAAAUAAAUCUACGUUAAAUGUACAUGCAGUACAUUUCAUGAAAAAAGCAAUGUAUAUUCAUAAAUAUGUGCAUAUUGGAUAAUUGCAUUGCUGUUUAAAGAAUCCGAAUAAUGCUAUGAAUUAACUGAAAAUCUUUUAAAUUUACAUGUAAAACUUCCAUUUCAUAGAAUAUAUCUGUGUAUAUAUACAUAUGUCAGUGUUUAUCAUAAUGAUUUUAUUGUGCACAUUUUCUUACUAAUAUUUCCAGUCAAUGCUUUGAAUCAUUCAUUGAUUGAUGUUUAAUAUUUUGAUUUAAGGGGGGGGGGGGCUGUUUAGUGUUAAGGAAUAAUUCCAGUUUUAAGGUGGGGUGGGGAUGGUCAGUUCAUUGGAACAUUUGGUCAUUCUUGCACAAAUGCUGACAGUUAUUCCUAAUAUUCAAGUUUUGAGUAAUUAUGUUAAGUAAUUUUGAACCAUAAUAAAUACUACUAAUUGUAA